ACCAUGUGGUGAAUCGCAGAUCACGUUGUUAGGAGAACAGAGAGUGAUUUUCUGCUGCACUACGUCCACAGACGCCUUUUCUUGACGUCAGGAGAAGCGAACCAGCGCUGCGCACAAGCAGCACAGCAACCACAUCGCUCCCAGAGGGAAGGAGAAACACAUCACAACUACUGAGCAUCAUUUAGCUGUAGUGUGGCAAACUCGAUUAGCAUUGUAGGAUGCCUCUUGGAGAGGAUGGAAAUGGAUGGAAAAAGAAGACGUCCGACAUCAAAGAACACUAUGACUUCAAAGAAGUGCUGGGAACCGGCGCGUUCUCCGAGGUGGUCCUAGCCGAGGAGAAGAGGACCCAGAGGCUGGUGGCCAUCAAGUGCAUCCCCAAGAAAGCACUGGAAGGCAAAGAGAACAACAUUGAAAAUGAGAUCGCCGUACUACACAGAAUCAAGCAUCCCAAUAUCGUUUCGCUGGAGGACAUCUUUGAAAGUACAUCUCACCUAUACCUGGUCAUGCAGCUCGUGUCUGGAGGCGAGCUGUUUGACAGGAUUGUGGAGAAAGGUUUUUACACGGAGAGAGACGCCAGUCAGCUCAUCCACCAGAUCCUGGACGCGGUGAAAUACCUCCACGACAUGGGCAUCGUCCACAGAGACUUGAAGCCAGAGAACCUGCUGUAUUACAGUAUGGACGAAGACUCCAAGAUCAUGAUCAGCGAUUUUGGACUGUCAAAGAUCGAGGGGUCCGGCAGCGUCAUGUCCACGGCCUGCGGCACCCCCGGAUAUGUGGCUCCGGAGGUGCUUGCCCAGAAGCCGUACAGCAAAGCAGUGGAUUGCUGGUCCAUAGGAGUAAUUUCCUAUAUUCUAUUAUGCGGGUAUCCUCCGUUUUACGAUGAAAACGAUGCAAAGUUAUUCGAGCAGAUUCUGAAAGCAGAGUACGAGUUUGACUCCCCGUACUGGGACGACAUCUCCGACUCAGCCAAAGACUUCAUCUGUCACCUGAUGGAGAAAGACCCUCAGAAGAGAUACACAUGUGAACAGGCACUCCAGCAUCCAUGGAUCUGCGGAGACACGGCUCUGGACAAGAAUAUCCACGAAUCUGUCAGCGCUCAGAUCAAGAAGAACUUCGCCAAGAGUAAAUGGAAGCAAGCGUUUAAUGCCACAGCGGUGGUGCGCCACAUGCGGAGGCUGCAGCUGGGCACGAGUCUUGAGGGACCCAGUCAGAUCACUCCCACCAGUCCCUGCCAUGGACAUCUGCUCCCAGAGGAAGAGGAGGAGGACGAGGAGGAGGAUUUGGGCAACGGGGAGGAAGAGAGCUUGUCCCACUAUGAGGACGGCCGCCGCGGAAGCAAUGAGGGUAGCACAGAUCGGGACAGCCUGAGGAGCUGCACCUACUGCUGCAGGCCAGCCAGUCGCGUCUGAGCACAAGACCUCCCAUCGUCAUGGUGACACUGUAUCUC